AUGGCGGCUCCAUUCAUGGUCUCCGCACCGGGAAAAGUCAUCGUCUUCGGUGAACAUGGAGCAGUCUACGGCCAGCCUGCUAUCGCCGCAGCCAUUUCCCUUCGAUCCUACCUCCACGUCAAGACCCUCUCCGACUCCGAACGCACCGUCACACUGGAUUUUAAAGACAUUGCCUUCUAUCACACUUGGGCAAUCGACUCUCUGCCUUGGACGGCCUCCCGCUAUGCCUCCGCGAGAAAGCUGUACCAAUGUCACGGCGGCUCCCUCGACAAAGCGCUGCUCGCCGCCAUUCAGCCGCUUGUCGAGUCCAUCUCCCCGGACCUUCCACUAAAAGAGCGAAAGGUCCACCGUGGUUCCGCUACAGCCUUUCUCUACCUUUUCCUUUCCCUGGGCUCCCCGCAAAGUCGCGGCUUCGUGUACACGCUUCGGUCUACGAUUCCAGUCGGUGCCGGCCUAGGUAGCAGCGCGAGCGUCUGCGUCUGCCUAAGCGCUGCGCUACUCAUUCAGGGGAACGCUCUGGAAGGACCCCGUCGCGACUGGGACACGCAAUUAGAGCGCAUUAACAGCUGGGCCUACGCAGGAGAACUCUGCAUCCACGGGGAUCCGAGCGGAGUUGACAAUACGGUCUCGUGUCGGGGAAAAGCCGUGCUCUUCCGCAAAAACGCCGACAGGCCUUCGUCUAUUACCCCUCUCGAUUACUUCCCUACGCUACGCCUUCUUCUCAUUAACACUAAACAGGCGCGCACGACGGCCGAACAGGUUAAGAAAGUGCAGCAGCUCAAAGAAGCGAACCAGGCGGUGAUUGGGCCAAUCUUGGAUGCAAUCGGCCAAGUUGCUGAAGAGGCGCUGCAGUUCCUCUCCUCUGCCACUACCCACUUGGACGAUAGCGAGGAGGGCCGCGCUGCUAUUCGAAAUUUAGGGAGGCUAUUUCUCUACAAUCACGGACUGCUAGUUAGCCUUGGCGCUUCGCACCCCUGCCUUGACCGCGUGUGGCAGCUGGCAGACACUGCACAGAUCGGCUGGACAAAGCUUACUGGUGCUGGAGGCGGCGGCUGUGCUAUUGUUUUACCCCGGCCUGACGUCAGCGAGGAUGCCGUUAGGGAAUUCGAGCGGGAGAUUACAAAGGAGGGGUUUAAGAAGCAUGAGGCUGUCUUGGGUGCCGCUGGUGUUGGCGUGCGUGGGCACACCGUCUUUAGAACUGGGCCUGAGGGGGCGGUUGAAGAGAUUGACGAGGAGCAAUUUGCGAACGCUGCCGAUGCUCGCGCUAUUGAGCGGCUGGUUGGUCUGGGCGGCCAGGAAACUAGUAAAGGGUGGAUGUUCUGGAGCGCGAGAUAA